AUGAACACUCUGUCAUGGGAGAGGCAGGUCACCAUGACGAACAAGAUUCACUCGAUACUGUAUCAGCUAAAGCUUUGCAAGCACCUGUUACCGGAAACUUUUAGAUCCAAGCUUGUAACCACGCUAAUCUACCCACACGUUGACUAUUGCUGUGCAGCUUACAUGGACAUGACGGCUGAGCAUAACCUAAAACUCCAUAGAGCCAUAAACUACUGUAUCAGAUUUAUUUUUAACGUGAAGGCUGACAUGCAUAUUACGCCCUACUACAAGAGGCUCAGGUGGCUCAAGAUUGAUUUAAGGAGAACUUACUUCGUUGGAUGCCUACUGUUCAGGAUACUUCGGACAGGACAGCCUGGCUUUUUGCACUCCAAUUUUAAUCAAAGGGUAUUAACAUCAGACCGAGCAACGAGGGUUUCGAAUAACACUCUAAUUCAGCCACAAUGUAGGACUGAGCUGUUCAAACGUUCUUUUAGAGUAACCUCGGUUAGGUUGUGGAAUGGUCUCCCCCUGUCAAUCAAGAACGCGAAGACUUUAAAUGAUUUUAAGCAGAGACUCUAUACGCAUUCGCUCGUCUGUUAUCUGAUAUAA